GAAGCGACAUUUGCCGAUUUGGAGAAAUUUGCGGUGUGGUUAGUCGCUCACGUGUACAUUGUUGUGCUUUUCACCCAAAUAUUUAUUAAAGUUUGUGUUAAACAGUGUUGAAAACAUGUAAAUACCGUAGCGAGACAAUCAGUGCUUCGAUUUCACCAAGAAUAAUCAAAGUGUACUGUUAAAAACAAAAGGUGUUAACAAAAAUAUGUAAGCUGGUGUUCAUAACCUAUAAUCAUCUUGAACUAUUAAAAGCUUAUUAUUACGUAAAUAAGCUGAAUAAUUGUAUGUAGUUUUGCCUGGAAGGCGAAAUUGUGAGGAAAAUUUCGUCUAGACCACAUUGUUAGAACAGUUCCUUAUUUAUUAGCAGUCUUGUUGAGUGGCAGUGUUAUUGACCGCAAAUAUGGAUACGGGUCUCUUGAAUUUAGAGGAGCAUUUUUCCACAUAUUACGUGUGUGAGCCGGACGAACAAUCGUGCUCAGACGACAACAACAGAUCGUAUUUCAAUGAAUGGGAGGACGAAAGAGAGCUGAAUGGCGAUAUUGGUCUGAUACCAGAGCCAAGCAGUUUUUGUGGCUCCUUGAAGGGCAUGUCCGAUAUAACGGAUUCACCUCCUUCGCUACUUUUUCAAAAGAUGAUUGACUGGUCCACUUCCAUUUAUGUGGACGGUGUCGAUGCCUUUCCUCCGGAAGAGGCGGUCUCGCAUCAUUUUACGGAUCAAGACGUCGAACAAAAGUUACAAACAAAUUUAGCUACUAGCGAAUUAUCUAGUUGUUUUAAUGAUAAAGAUGUAAAUAAUUUUGAUUUAGCGAAAUACAUUAACGAAUCUGCAUUCACCGACAGCAGAAAAGUUAAAUCAGUGGGCAAAAAAAUUGAUAAACAAGCCCAAAAAUACAUAAUUGAAGAUAAAGACGAUAAUUUUGAUACGAGUGAUGAAGUUGAUGUUGAAACUGUAUUUGAAGGUGCUAGUCUUCCGGUAUUAGAGGCGAACGAUGCUUUCAGUCUUCUAGAACAAUUCGAAGCAUCCGAAAAGCCUCCUCUAGCCAAUGCUAAACACAACGAGAAUCUGAGUAGUGAUUUUGGAUUUAGUAGUAGUUUAGUCAAUAACCUAGAAAUGGAUGUUAAUCACAUUUCAAGUAGCUCGAUUGAGAUAUUCGAUAAAAUUCCAAAAGCUCCCAUCGAUAUCUUUGAUGAGGAUGUUAAUUUAUUUGAGGAUGAUUCGCAAACUGUUAAAGAGUCUCCUCAAACAGAAAUUUUGGAUAAGCCUAAAGAACAAGAAAAAAGUAAGGAUGAAGAAGUUAAAACCAAGCAAGAAGCCAAAACUACGAAACCACAACCUUCGGAAUCAAACACUUCGCAUAAUUACACUAAAAAUAAACAGAUAUUAGACGCACUACCUCAAGAGUUGAUUGCGCGAAUCAACGAAUCAGGGAAACGCAAAACCAUAACUGUUAUUCCCCCGAUUCCUGCUAAAAAACGGGGCGCUUCGCGAUCUACUGAAUCAGUAUCAAUUCACCGUAACAAGAUUGUAAAAGUGGCCGUUAACGAACAAGUACAUUUUGACCAUGAUUAUUGUGCCACGCCAUCUCCCUACCCCAAGGAACCCCAAAAAGACUCAGGUUUUCAGUCAUCGGAAGAGGAUGACCGUUCUGUAAUAAGAAACCAACCGACUGUUAAAACAGCCGAUGGUAAACUCAUGGUGUCGCUUCUCAAAGUGAACACAAUACGUAGCAAUAAUCACAAUCAGAAGAAAAAAUUGAAUCUGGAAGAGUACAAAAAGAGGCGUUUGAUUAAUUCCAAUGCAACGUCUCAGAGUAACUCUCCUGCUAGUAGUACAUGCAGUUCCCCCUUGCCUGAAGACGAGAAUUUGAAACGUCUGAAACACCAAGAGAAGUUGAUGAAAAUGGCCGCUGAUUUGUUAAAUACUCCGGCAAAAUCAACAAAAACCGACGUUGCUCUUCCUGCUCUUAAACCAGUAGUUCAGAAUCCUCCACCUCAGAGAAUUGUCGUUCCGCAGAAAAUAACACCUCCUCCAGACCUAGAAGUGAAGACGUAUGUCAGUAUUGGCACCAAUACGGAUAUUUCCAGUAUCAACUGUAAUAAAACGAUUCUCGCGUCCACACAACAAUUGGAAGAGAUCAAGCCGUUGUUGCAGAAAGUUAGCAAUAAAAUUAAUAGCAAUUCGUUUAUUACAUCGCUUAUAGAAAAUAUCCCGAAAGUUAAGACAAAAACUACAGCGUUUGUUAAGUCGGAAAAUCAGGAGGUGGUUCGAGAAGAUAAGAUCAUUCAUUAUUUGAAGAAAGACAGAGAGCCGGUUAAAACGGUCAGUGUAGGGUCGCAAACCGAUUUUGAUGAAGGGGUAGGGGAUGAUAUGGAAUCGAGGUACAGGCGAAGGAUAGAUAGGAGCCCGAGUGUUUCGUCCAGUGGGAGUUCACGGACUCGACAUCGCAGAAGACGCAGUAGUUCGAGUUCUUCACGUAGUUCACAUAGUUCAUAUUCCUCAUCAUCAUCAUCCACUUCUUCUAGAUCGUCUCGUUCACGAUCGAGAUCCAUUUCUCCGAAACGUCAACGGCAAUACAGCGCCGAACGUUUAAGAGAAGUUGAAGAACGUAGAGUUAUUUAUGUGGGCCGUAUCACGAAAGGUACCACAAAAGAGGAUUUACGGAGGCGAUUCAUUACGUUCGGACCCAUUACGAACGUUAGUCUCCAUUUCCGAGACUAUGGGGAUAAUUACGGAUUUGUGACUUUUGCGAACAAGGAAGACGCCUAUGAAGCUGUAGAGCAUGGCAAUGACGGCCAUGUUUACCCCAAGUAUGAUUUGAGUUUUGGUGGUCGAAGGAUAUUUUGCAAAACUUCCUAUUCUGAUUUAGAUAAUAUGCGGGAAGACGAUUAUAAUUAUUACACUUCUCGCGCUCCUGAAAAUUCGUUCGAUGCUUUGUUGAGGGCAGCACAAGAGAAAAUACGUAAACGGAAGCCUUGACAAAGUUUGUGGUUUAGUGCUAAAUUUCAUAAGCUCAUAAUUCAUCGCAUUUUUUUAUUGAUUUGAUUGUAUUUUAUUCUGUAUUUUUUAGUUUUGAUUGUUAUAGCAUGAUGGUAACAUGACAACCUCUUAUUAUAAAAUUAAUAUGUUCGGCUUCUACAAGUGGUCGGUUUUAAUCAUGAAAACACAACAAAAAAGGACUGAUUUUUAAAGUGAAUUUGUGAUUGUAUUUUUAUUCGAUUUAAGUUUAAUUUGGGUUAGAAAUUAGUAAAUUUGAAAUAAAUGAUCCACUGUUUAUUUGCCAAUGGUUGAAACCGACUGUUCCGUUGUUGGAUAUGUUUCCCACAUUGGGCUGUGUAUUUUGUAUUUACAAAUAUUUUGUUACAGUUUAAUAAACGUUAACAAAGCUCA